GCUGCUGCUCUGUUUUCCUGCCGUGGAGGCUCCGGAGCGGAGUUGUGAAACUGCGGUCCGGCGGGUCUGACGGGGCCGGGGGGGAUCCGCUGAGGCCCGGGGUGAAACAUGGGCCUUCUGGCGAGGAUCCGGAAGGAGUGGUUCAUCAUCGGGAUCGUGCUGGUCAUCUUAUCGGCCAAACUGCAGCCCAGCCUCGGCGUCAGAGGAGGUCCAUUGAAACCAGAGAUCACCAUUGCCUAUGUUGCCGUCUCCGUCAUUUUCUUCAACAGCGGCCUGUCGCUGAAGACCGAGGAGCUGACCAGCGCUCUGCUUCACGUCCGGCUCCACCUGCUGGUCCAGUCCUUCACGCUGCUCUUCUUCCCGCUGGCCGUGUGGCUGCUGCUCAAAGUGCUGGCGCUGACCGCCAUCAACCAAUGGCUGCUCAAAGGGUUACAGACGGUGGGCUGUAUGCCUCCUCCCGUCUCCUCGGCUGUCAUCCUCACCAAGGCUGUCGGAGGAAAUGAGGCCGCAGCCAUCUUCAACUCAGCCUUUGGAAGCUUCUUGGGCAUCAUCGUGACUCCUCUGCUGCUGCUGCUGUUUCUCGGCUCCUCGUCCUCCGUUCCCUUCUCGUCCAUCUUCUCUCAGCUCUUCAUGACCGUCGUGGUUCCCCUCAUCCUGGGACAGGUGUGCCGUGGCUUCCUGCGGGAGUGUCUGGAGCGCCGGAAGCCUCCGUUCGGUGCCGUCAGCAGCGCCGUCCUGCUCAUGAUCAUCUACACCACCUUCUGCGACACGUUCAGCAACCCCAACAUCGAGCUGGACCCCACCAGCCUGCUGCUGGUCGUCCUCAUCACAUUUUGGAGAGGUCCCAUAGUCACAGGGCUGUUCAAUACAUCAGCUUCCUGGUUUGUCACGGCUGUCAGGGGUGCUGAAGUUGCAGAGCUGCCCAUCCCAGUGGCUCCAUGA